AUUUAGUUUGAAACGUUCGCGCAGAUGCAAUCGAAAAGUCUACGAGUGAAGUUCGCAGAACGAAAAGUUAGUUUUCUUUGAAAGUGUUAUAUUAAUGGUGCUGAUCGUGGUGCUUUAUAUGCUAUUCGUGUUCAUGAUAUUGACUGUGAAUUAAAAGUUGGGAUCAAAUUCGCGAUGUCGAACCAUAACUACACAAAUCCCGCUUUUUGCCAGCAAAGUGAGCUCCAGCCUUCCGCAUUCUACCAAAGUGCUUCGAGGAGUACAUUCAAUUCGCCGGCGAAGAUCCACAGGAGUGAAUUAACGCGUUCCUUCAAUCGCAUUAGUUCAUCAAUUACACGCCAGAAUAGCUUCGCAUGCCAUGGGCCGGAAAGAGCCAACAACCGUGUUCUACCUCCGACUGCUGGAUCUGGCAUAGCGGAUCAAUAUGUUAGCCAUACAUCCGUCGCUGGUGCACGUUAUGCGUCAAUAUCUUCAGCACUGGACACAUCUAUUAGCAGUAAAAAGUCAAGUGGGCGUUAUGCAUUGGUUCCGGUUGAAGAAAUAGCUGCGAAUGAUAAAGGUCGUUACGCAAUUUUACCAAUCGAGCAUAACGCAAUCAGCGUUCCUUCAGCUAGAAUCGUCAAAAGUCAGGAACAUUUAGACCGUUACUCGAGUAUCUCCAAUUUGGAUGAUGAGCCCGCGAAUUUGUCUGAUCAAUUCUGCAGUUUACCUCCAUUAUCUUCACCCAUACCACCAGUUACGCAGAACCGACUCAAAAAUGCGUUUUCAUCAGACUUUGGGAGCAAAUCUUUCAUCCUGUACGAUCAGAAAAGUAACCAACGAUAUGAAGUCGUCCCUACCGAAGAGGAUGAGGAAUUAGUAGAUCCAAACCACGAAAUUAUACAAAUGCAUAAUGGUAGAGCGCAUCGUUAUGCGGUAAUUCCCACAGAGGAUGAUGAAACUUGUCUGGACGAAGAACAAUCUAUCAAAAAUGAUCCUCAAUCACCUUGUCAGAAAGUCGCGACACGUGAGAAUAUCAAUAGAUCACAGCCAAGUAUUAUACCCCAGAGGACACCAAGCACUCGAACGGUAUCAACGCCAAAGAAAAAUCCACUUGCGACACAAAUGCUGCAUGAAUUACUCAGCACGCCAAAACGAGAAGAAUUCACGCCAAAAAAUUCGCCAAUUCGACAUGAUAUCAAUCCGAAAAUUGUUUCCAGCACACCAAAGAGAAAUGAAUUCAAACCACAAAAACUGCAGUACGACUACCAGAUGCAGCAGUCAAGCUACCCUACUCAACGGACGACACGCGCUGAACACAGCACUCAAAAGCAAAAACAAUUAUUGGAAGCAGCUGCAAGAACGACAGCUGUUAUUACGCCUCGUCUGAACGUGGUUAAUGGCACUAGCGUUUACGGUGAAACGACAUCGUCGGAUCAUAUGAGCAAGUCAUGGCAAAAUACGAGCUUUCAAAAAAUUGCGCAUGCCUCCGCCACUAUUGGAUCCGUGUCGCUUAUGCUGAUCCUUUGUGGUUUUAUGAAUUCCGGGUUAAGUCUGUACUUUACCUCUAAAGUGGGAAGAGAGUAUUACCUGGAUUUAGCUAUAUUUGCUGGCUUUGCCGCGAUUGCGCUCGGAAUUCUAGGCUUUAAAUCUCGGCACUGUGAUUGGCUACCGAAUCGGAAUUAUAUUUCAGGUUACAUCUUGGUGACUGUGUUCUCGUUGCUGAAUUGCUGUGCCCAGCUCGCAUUAAUGACGCUGCAUCCGUUUCCGGGAAGUCCAUUACACGACGUAACAACAGGCAUCAUACUAGGACUAUCGUCGCUAACUAUAUUAUUGAUAAGUUUGGGCAUUGUUACUUCGCGAUUGUGUCGUGCUCCUCCUCCUGACAAUCGGGUGGAUGUGUGCUAACAUGAUUAAGUAAAUUAUUAUUUAAAAAAAUAAAUUGAAAUUAUGAACAUUUUCAUGUGGUGAUUUACUGCUAGAGUAAUAAUAUUGAGUAAACUGGUGUCAUCGCAGGCCGUUAUAAAUAAUAUUAUAAAUAUUACAUACAAUUUUUGUAGAUUUUGCCAUAAUUUAAAUUAUACUUGCUGUAAGUAAAAUAUAUUAUCAACGGUAUGUUGUACAUGUACACAUGAGAGGCGUAUAUGC